GCGACGGACCUGACCUGCGUGCAACGCAGGCAAAAAUCACGCGUGACGGCGUGAGGCGGAACAUCAUUUGGGUGGGGGCUUGCUCUGCAUGAACCCCUCAAAAAGGGUGUCAACCAUCAUAGGCCACACGACACCACCACCUCCGUCACAGAAUCCGAGGGAGGGGGUAGUUGCCGGCGACAGGACGAGAGAGCGCGCGCGGCGAUGGGGCGGCGGGGGCAGCAGCCUGACAGCGCGGAGCACGCGGGCAAGGACGUCGCCGGCGACCCUCCUGCCCCGCUGUUCUUGGAGGUGACGUGCAGGAGCUCCGGCAAGGUCCGGCGGUUCGCGGCGGGGACGACCGCCCGCUACGCGCUGCACGCCAUCAACCGCAAGCUCGAGCCCGGGGCGCCGCCGGCGCUGCAUGUCGAGGCCGUCAGUGACGGCGAGGAGCCCGUCAGCUUCGGCCCGAGCGCGCCCCUCGCCGGCUACGGCCGCGGCUGGAGGCUGCAGACCGUCACCGCGCCGGACGUGCCCGGGAUCCAUGAGACGCCACACCCUGACAUGAAACGAGGUGACGCCCAGGCUGCCAUGGAUUCCCCCGCCUAUGUCGGCAAGAUCGUGCUCGCGUUCGUGUUCAUAUUUUUGCUCGGCGGGUUGUUCACGUACCUGCUCGAGAAGCUCCCCGACAUGAUCCAGGCUGUAUCGACGCCUGAAUCUUUGUAGAAUCUGCUGACUGAAAAUGCAUCACACAUGUAUCAGUGAUAUUUUUUUUCCUUUGAUAAAGUAGUGUGCGAUCUUUGUACCGUACCCAGUUCCAACUUUUUUAUUCAGGUCGACAUCACGGUUUCAUCA